AUGGAUGAGACUCAACAUUCGGGAGGGAACACUGCAUUGGCGUAUCCAUCUGUGGUGAAGUAUGAUGGUUUUGUGCAAGACAAGAGAUUUGUGGGGCUGUCUUUUCUGACGGGUGUGGCGGUAUGCAAAACCGCUACUGCUCCUAUUGAUCGUGUGAAACUUUUGAUGCAAAACGAGGGUGCAAUAGCCAUGGCGGGUAGGUUAUCUGGACCAUACAAAGGCAUCCGCGACUGUUUGUGGAGAACGAUAAGGGAAGAAGGAGUUGCCUCUUUGUGGAGAGGGAACACGGUUAAUGUGAUCCGUUACUUACCAAGCCAGGCCUUGACUUUAGGAUCGUGGGAUUGCUUCAGGAGUGUAACUACUAUGUUGUACCAAAAUUAUGAAUUUGGGUACUUGAGGUGGUGUUGUUACAACUUUGGCGCAGGUGCGUUUGCUGGUUCUACUUUUAGCUUCUUUUUCCAGCCAAUGGACUAUGUUCGUACUAGACUGGCAAUGGAUGUAAAGAAGGGGGGAACGAGGCAGUUCAAGGGCGCCCUUGAUCUUUGCAAGAAGACUUUGGCAGCUGACGGCGUUGCUGGAUUUUAUCGUGGAUUCACCCAUUCUUAUAUAGGCGCCACUGUCUACCGCGGCAUCUACUUUGGGAUGUACGAAUCUUUGAAGCCGGUUGUUCUGACUGGCGAGAUGCAGGAUAGUUUCUUUGGUAGGUUCGGGGUUGCUUGGGUGAGCGCAAUCGUUGCUGGUUCUGCAUCUUAUACAUUUGAUAUUUCUCGGAGAGGUAUGAUGAUGAUGAUGUGUGGUGAAUUCAAGAGUGCUUUCAAGGGUGGUGGAGCAAACAUGCCGAGAGCCAUCGUGGGUGCUGCUGCGCUUGCUGCAUAUGACAUGUCCAACCCAUUCAAUUUGCCAUUCCGUGCCUUAUGCACGAUCAAACCGUAAGUAUUAGGAAAGCAACUAUAAUAGUUAAAUAAGCAAACAUCUGAGCCUUAUGCACCAUGUAAAACGAUGCCGUAUUAUAUAGUUGGAUGGAAAAUGGCAUAAAAUGAGAACAAAUUAACAGUCAAGUAAUUUUAAUAAAUAUUUAAAGUUUGUAUGCAAAAAGAAAAUUUGUUGAAAUUUCAAUAAUCUAUAUACAA